AUGGCACGUCUCUCAUCAAUUGUAUUUAUAAUAUGCCUUUUAUUAUGUAACAAUGCUAUAUCGGAUGAAGUAAUUGAAUCGCCGUCCUCCGGAGGUACUCUAUCGGGUGGAGGUAGCGGUACCGAUACCGUUACCGGUACACAAGAUGGAAAAGGUAAAAGUGAAGGUAAAGGUAAUGAAGGUGGCCAAACUGACCAAAAGGGAAAAGAAAACCCUGAAAAUGGUCAAAAUUCUGAUUCAACAGGUGAUUCAUCUCUUGGGUCAACAGGUAGCAACGGUUCACAACCAGCGCCAACUACUCCAAAAGAACCAGAACCAACAACCCCAAAAGAACCAGAAUCAGCAACCCCCAAAGCGUCAGAACCAGUAACCCCCCAAAAGACAGCAGAAACAGCCUCAGGAAAACAAGUAUCACCAACACCCUCAGAAAAUCCACCAUCAAAAGACACCCCAAAACCAGAAUCAUCAUCCGAAAAAAAAGUGAAUUCGGCACUCGCAACACCACCUGCACCUGAAGUAUCCAAAGCUCAAGAGGGGGCAGGCCUAGCUACACAAAAAGAACAAACUCCAAGUAAAAGAGCUAAACGUUCCCCACCACCUCAAGUCAACAACAUAACAGAUAUGGAAUCAUACUUAAUGAAAAAUUAUGAUGGAGUAAAAGUUAUAGGCUUAUGUGGUGUAUAUUUCAGAGUUCAAUUUUCACCACAUUUAUUAUUAUAUGGUUUAACAACAUUUUCGAUUAUUCAAAUAGAACCAUUUUUUGAAGGAGUAAGAAUAGAUUUCGAACACCAACAUCCUAUAAGAAAUAAAUGUGCACCAGGAAAAGCCUUUGCAUUUAUUUCUUAUGUAAAAGAUAACAUCCUUAUACUUAAAUGGAAAGUAUUUGCUCCACCAUCUGAUUUAUUUGCAAACGAUGAAGUUAGCAAGCAAAUUCUUUCCGCUGUUUCUGUAACGUCAGAUGCAGAAAGUUCAGUAGUAGAUGUUAGAAAAUACCGACUUCCACAAUUAGACCGUCCAUUUACUUCCAUACAAGUUUAUAAGGCAAAUCCAAAACAAGGAUUACUCGAAACAAAAAAUUAUAUAUUAAAAAAUGCUAUUCCAGAAAAAUGCUCUAAAAUUUCAAUGAACUGUUUUUUAAAUGGAAAUGUAAACAUAGAAAACUGCUUUAAAUGUACAUUAUUAGUACAAAAUGCUAAACCCACAGAUGAAUGUUUUCAAUACCUACCUUCUGAUAUGAAAAAUAAUUUAAAUGAAAUAAAAGUAACUGCUCAAAGUGAUGAAGAUAGUAAAGAAAAUGAUUUAAUAGAAUCAAUUGAAAUAUUGUUAAAUAGCUUUUAUAAAGCUGACAAAAAAGCAAAAAAAUUGAGUUUAAUAACAAUGGAUGAUUUUGAUGAUGUUCUUAGAGCUGAAUUAUUUAAUUAUUGUAAAUUAUUAAAAGAAUUAGAUACAAAAAAAACUUUAGAAAAUGCUGAAUUAGGUAAUGAAAUAGAUAUAUUUAAUAAUUUGUUAAGACUUUUAAAAACAAAUGAAGAAGAAAGCAAACAUAAUUUAUACAAAAAAUUGAGAAAUACUGCUAUAUGUCUUAAAGAUGUAAAUAAAUGGGCUGAAAAAAAAAGAGGUUUAAUAUUACCUGAAGAAGUAACUCAAGAUCAAAUGGCAAUAGGACAAAAUGAAGAACCUUAUGAUGAAGAUCCAGAUGAUAGAGUCGAUCUUUUAGAAUUAUUUGAUGACAACCAAAAUGAAAAUAUUGUUGAUAAAGAUGGUAUAAUUGAUAUGUCUAUAGCUAUUAAAUAUGCUAAAUUAAAAUCUCCAUAUUUUAAUAGUAGCAAAUAUUGUAAUUAUGAAUAUUGUGAUAGAUGGCAAGAUAAGACUAGCUGUAUAUCUAAUAUAGAUGUAGAAGAACAAGGUAAUUGUUCCUUAUGUUGGUUAUUUGCAUCUAAGUUACAUUUAGAAACUAUUAGAUGUAUGAGAGGAUAUGGUCACAAUAGAAGUUCAGCACUUUAUGUAGCCAAUUGUUCAAAAAGAACAGCAGAAGAAAUUUGUAAUGAUGGUUCAAAUCCGUUAGAAUUUCUAAAAAUUUUAGAAAAAAAUAAAUUUUUGCCUUUAGAAUCUAAUUAUCCAUAUUUAUGGAAAAAUGUAUCAGGCAAAUGCCCAAAUCCACAAAAUGAUUGGACAAACUUAUGGGGUAAUACUAAAUUAUUAUAUAAUAAUAUGUUUGGACAAUUUAUCAAGCAUAGAGGAUAUAUAGUAUAUAGUAGUCGUUUUUUUGCUAAAAACAUGAAUGUAUUUAUUGAUAUAAUAAAAAGAGAAAUACGCAAUAAAGGAUCUGUUAUAGCUUAUAUUAAAACUCAAGGUGUUAUUGAUUAUGAUUUUAAUGGUAGAUAUAUAAGUAACAUUUGUGGUCAUAACCAUCCUGAUCAUGCUGUAAAUAUUAUUGGAUAUGGUAAUUAUAUAAGUGAAAGCGGAGAAAAAAGAUCUUAUUGGUUAAUAAGAAAUAGUUGGGGUUAUUAUUGGGGUCAUGAAGGAAAUUUCAAAGUUGAUGUUUUAGGUCCAGAUAAUUGUGUACAUAACGUUAUUCACACUGCUAUAGUAUUUAAAAUUGAUAUGGAGCCAGAUAGUGAUUCAAAUAAUAACAAUGCUAUUAAAAAUCGCGAUCAAUUAAUUGAUGAAGAUAACAAAUCUUACUUUCCACAACUCAGUUCAAAUUUUUACCACAGUCUUUAUUAUAACAACUACGAAGGAUAUGAAGCUAAAAAUGACGACGAAAAUGACCAAAAUUAUGGCAAUUUAGAUGUAAGUGGCCAAAGUGAAAAUCAUCAAAAUGAUCCAAAAAAUCCACAACCCCAAGCUAAUAGCACCGUAACUCAACUUGGAGUAUGUCCAGCAGAAAACCAAAGAACAGCUGAUUCAAAUCCUAAUGCCCAAAGCACACCCAGUCCAAACACAACCGUUACAGACACAGUCAAUUCAAACACAGCCAAUUCAAACACAGCCAAUUCAAACACUGCCUCUGCAAAUGCCGCAUCAAUUGAGAAAAAAAUUCAAAUACUCCACGUGUUAAAGCAUAUCGAAAAAUACAAAAUGACAAGAGGAUUCGUUAAAUAUGAUAACCUAAAUGAUACAAAAAAUGAUUAUACAUGCGCAAGAUCAUACUCAUAUGACCCUAAGAAUCAUAAUGAAUGUAAACAAUUCUGUGAGGAAAACUGGGAACGCUGUAAAAAUCAUUAUUCACCAGGAUAUUGUUUAACUACAUUAUCAGGAAAAAACAAAUGUCUCUUCUGUUAUGUAUAA